AUGAAGGCAUAUACUUGCGAAGCUUUUCGUCACCUUCUCGAACGUAGCAUUGCUGGUAGUAUCCCUUGCCGGAAGCCAAGAACGACUGAAACUAUUUGUGCAGGGCUCAACGCCCCUAAAGUUGUUCUCUUCUUUAUUACACUGACGUUUGGAGACCUUGCCAACGCCGUCAACGGACCCCGGAUUGUGUAUCCCAUGGUCAUUGAGGAAAGGUCGCUGGACGCCAAGAAGAUUGUCCGCGUUGACGAGCAUUUAACCCUGCAUCUGUCGAAAAGUUCAGUCAUCGCUGAUGAACUUCACGUAUCUUUAAAUCUGAAAGGGAAACAGAUCGAGCAAAGGCUAUCCGGGAGACGACUUUCGGAGCGGUUAUACCAUGACCGUAGGCACUUGGCCGCGAUAUCCUUGGAGCAAUCUGACGGAUUCUAUAAAAUGAGUGGACUGGUGAAUGCAACGCACUCUAUCCAGCCGCUGGGUACGAUGGCUUGGUCGCUGGGCGGCUCAAUGCCUCACGCCGUACGUGCCGUUCAAAAGCCACGCAUAGCCUCAAGGUCCAAUGGCAUCCCAAACUAUGAAGGCGACCCCGAAUGGUUCGACAAACUGGAGAUGAGUAGAGAUUGGAAAUUUAAGCAUCACCACUGGCCCAAGGACAAAUUUUCGAAUGUGACUAUGCAGGCUAUUAUUGUGGCCGGAGCUGACCUCCUGAACACGAUAUUUGUCGGCCCAGUCAGGGAGGACCCACUGACAUACCUGAUCCUGUACGGCCAAUCCGUUGCCCUUCGACUUGAGGCACUGGAGUACCCAGGGAUUCACAUGAGGCUCAUUGGCGUGUAUAGCGCGCCUUCUGUUGUUGAGACAUUUAUACGAGAACAGCAUCCGCGAACGGUUCCUGCAGUGAGAGUCAGCCUUCUAAUGAAGUCGCCGCGUCUGUUGAAGCGUGGAACAACUCAUGACGCUGCUGACGUAGUAAUCUUUCUUACCAAGUACUCUCUAAGUGAAUCAAACAUUCGGGAGAAUGAAGACGAUGCUGUUGGGUUUGCUGUUCGAGGAGGCGUGUGCACCAGACAUAAGUAUGGCUUUGCUAAGGACAACGGCAACUACGAAGGAGUGGAGAUGGCAGCCGUAAUCACUGCAAGACUGUUAGGUGCGGAGUAUGACGGAAGAGCGGAAGCUUCUGGAUGUCCCGAAGACGACGGGUAUUUUAUGGGAACCGGAAAGAUUUACACGCCCUACGCAUUUUCCAAUUGUUCAAGAAAGAUGAUCAAGGAAACUCUGAAGGACCGCAUGAACGCCACCUGCCUCAGCCCCAAAUACGCGCGGCAGUCAGUUCGCGGAAGCAGGAAAUACAUGGGUGAAGACCUGUCGCCGAAUGAGUUCUGCUCAUCACGCCAUCCGGAUUUGAGAUAUUGUUAUCCGGACCAUAACUUCCUGCCCUCUACCUGCACGGUGGAUUGUUGUACGUGGAACAACGGAGCAAAGCAAAAAGUUUCCACCUAUUUUGGUCAGGACGGAAUGGCUUGCCGUUCUUUCUUCGAAACUUAUAACACUGUUGGCGUAUCCUUAAAUGGAGGCUGUGAAAGGCGUUUAUUGCGGGCUAAAAAGCCACCGCCGAUGGCACCACAGAGCAAGCCACAGAGGAAAAGGCCAACCAAGCCCCCAAUGAGGGCGCCUGGGAGAAGAAAAGCGUGA